AUGUUUCUUUUGAGUCUAACAGAGAUUUAUCAGUUUCUUUAUAAUCAGCCAAUCGCCUCUUCUUACUCUUCCCAACAUCUUCCUUCCACAAGUUGCCGUCAUUAUAGUCUUCCCAGCCUCUUCAUUCCAGAAGUUGACGUCAUUAUAGUCUUCCCAGCCUCUUCCUUCCAGAAGUUGACGUCAUUAUAUCUUCCCAGCCUCUUCCUUCCAGAAGUUGACGUCAUUAUAGUAUUCCCAGCCUCUUCAUUCCAGAAGUUGACGUCAUUAUAUCUUCCCAGCCUCUUCCUUCCAGAAGUUGACGUCAUUAUAGUCUUCCCAGCCUCUUCCUUCCAAAAGUUGACGUCAUUAUAUCUUCCCAGACUCUUCCUUUCAGAAGUUGACGUCAUUAUAGUCUUCCCAGACUCUUCCUUUCAGAAGUUGACGUCAUUAUAUCUUCCCAGCCUCUUCAUUCCAGAAGUUGACGUCAUUAUAGUCUUCCCACCCUCUUCCUUCCAGAAGUUGACGUCAUUAUAUCUUCCCAGCCUCUUCCUUCCAGAAGUUGACGUCAUUAUAGUCUUCCCAGCCUCUUCCUUCCAGAAGUUGACGUCAUUAUAUCUUUCCAGCCUCUUCCUUCCAGAAGUUGACGUCAUUAUAGUCUUCCCAGCCUCUUCCUUCCAGAAGUUGACGUCAUUAUAUCUUUCCAGCCACUUCUUUUCAGAAGUUGACGUCAUUAUAGUCUUCCCAGCCUCUUCCUUCCACAAGUUGCCAAUUUGCCGUCAUUAUAGUCAUCGCAGCAUCUUCCUUCCAGAAGUUACCGUAAUUAUAGUCUUCUCAGCAUCUUUAUUCCAGAAAUUACCGUCAUUAUAUUCUUUCCAGCCUCUUCCUUCCACAAGUUGCCGUCAUUAUAGUCUUCCUAGCAUUAUCCUUCCAGAAUUUGCCUCUUCCCAGCCUCUUCCUUCCACAAGUUGCCGUCAUUAUAGUCUUCCUAGCAUUAUCCUUCCAGAAUUUGCCGUCAUUAUAGUCAUCGCAGCAUCUUCCUUCCAGAAGUUACCAAAUUACCGUCAUUAUAUUCUUUCCAGCCUCUUCCUUCCAGAAGUUGCUGUCAUUAUAGUCUUCCAGCAUUAUCCUUCCAGAAUUGGCCGUCAUUAUAGUCUUCUCAGCAUCUUCCUUCCAGAAUUUCCAGUCAUUAUUGUCUUUCCUGCAUCUUCAUUCCAGACGUUGCCAUCAUUAUAG